GAUCUACAAGGAAACAACAUCACAAUUAUCUACGAGACAGAUUUUAUAAAUUUGCCGAAACUUAGGAUUUUGCAAUUAACAGAUAAUCAGCUGCACACAAUUGAGAAGGAUGCGUUUGCAGAUCUCAUUGGAUUGGAACGACUACGAUUAAACAACAAUAAAAUUAAAACACUUCCUGAUAAUCUGCUGUCCAGCAUGUCCAACUUGGUUCGAGUUGAUUUAUCAAAUAAUGAAAUCGCAGCAAUCUCCAAGCGGAUGUUUAAAGGCGUUCCAGCUCUUCGCAGCCUUCAACUGGAUCACAAUCAGAUUGUUUGCAUCGAUGAAGUGGCUGUUAAAAAUCUUCAUGAGUUGGAAAUUCUGACACUUAACAACAACAACAUUACAACAUUGCCUCGAGAGAUGUUCUCAAGCAUGCCACGACUAAGAGCGUUGCGUUUAUCGGACAAUCCAUUUGCAUGUGAUUGUCAUCUAUCGUGGCUUUCAAAAUUCCUUCGCAGUGCUCCAAGAUUAGCACCAUACACACGAUGCCAUUCACCAAGUCAGUUGAAGGGACAAAACGUGGCUGAUUUGCACGAUCAAGAGUUUAAAUGUUCCGGAUUAACUGAACAUGCUCCAAUCGAAUGUGGCGGUCGAAGCUUAUGUCCACAUCCCUGUCGAUGUGCUGAAGGAAUUGUCGAUUGUCGUGAGAAGAGCUUGACGAAUGUUCCAUUGACCCUUCCUGAAGACACUACGGAAAUUCGUAUGGAACAAAAUUACAUAACAGAAAUUCCGGCAAAAGCUUUUGCAAACUACCGUCGAUUAAGAAGAAUCGAUUUGUCGAAUAACAACAUUUCACGUAUCGCUUACGAUGCAUUUUCCGGAUUAAAAUCUCUCAACUCUCUUGUGCUGUAUGGCAACAAAAUAAAAGAACUGCCGGCGGGAGUCUUCAAGGGAUUAGCAUCAUUGCAAUUGUUGUUGCUCAACGCCAACGAAAUCUCAUGUAUUCGAAAAGAUUCCUUCAAGGAUUUAUCGAGUUUGAGUCUUUUGUCGCUUUAUGACAACAACAUACAGUCGCUGUCGAAUGGAACGUUUGAUGCUCUGAAGCAAAUACAAACAAUACAUUUGGCACGAAAUCCAUUUAUUUGCGAUUGCAACCUUCGUUGGCUGGCGGAUUAUUUACACAAAAAUCCAAUCGAAACGAGUGGCGCCAAAUGUGAAGCUCCAAAGAAGAUGCACCGAAGAAAGAUUGAAUCGUUACGAGAUGAGAAAAUAAAAUGUUCUGAUGACUUCAAAAGCAAAUACGCAGCUGAUUGUCGUGCGGAGCCGCUUGAAUGUCCCGCUGUUUGUCAUUGCGAGAGAACAACCGUUGAUUGCUCAGGACGUGGCUUGAAAGAAAUUCCACGGGACAUUCCGCUCUAUACCACCGAACUUUUGCUGAACGACAACCAACUCAGCCGUAUAAAGUCCGAUGGACUUUUUGGACGUUUGCCAAACCUAGUCAAAUUGGAUUUGAGACGUAAUCAGAUUACAGGCAUAGAGCCUCAAGCUUUUGACGGAGCUUUGAAGAUUCAAGAGAUGACGAUAAGCGAGAAUAAAAUGACAGAGGUGCACAACAAAAUGUUUAUGGGACUACACAAUUUAAAAACUUUGUCGAUGUACGAUAACAUGAUAUCGUGUGUGAUGCCUGGCAGUUUUGAUCAUUUGUCGUCAUUGACGCAGUUGAAUCUUGCAUCGAAUCCAUUCACAUGUAAUUGUCAUUUGGCUUGGUUCUCUGAUUGGCUGAGAAAGAAGCAACUUUCUGGUACUCCACCGCGAUGUGCUGCACCAGCAAAGGUGAAAGAUGUUGCCAUCAAAGAAUUACCUCAUCAUGAGUUCAAAUGUACAAGUGACAGUGAUCAAGGAUGUCUUGGUGAAGGAUAUUGUCCACCAUCAUGCACAUGCACUGGCACCGUCGUUCGAUGCUCGAGAAAUUCUCUUAACGAAAUUCCCAAAGGAAUUCCAAGCGAAACGACUGAACUUUAUCUUGAAUCAAACAACAUUUCCAUGAUUCAUUCCGAUCGCAUUCGACACUUGAAGUCGUUAACACGUUUGGAUUUGAGUAAUAAUCGCAUUAAUAUUCUAUCCAACUAUACUUUUACUAAUCUCACGAAGUUAUCAACUCUCAUUAUAAGUUACAACAAUCUUCAGUGCGUACAACGACACGCAUUGACGGGAUUGAAGAACUUACGUGUUUUAUCAUUACAUGGAAAUCAAAUCUCAAUGAUACCGGAGGGUUCGUUCAAUGACUUGCAAUCGAUAACUCAUAUUGCUUUAGGUAGCAAUCCGUUAUAUUGUGAUUGCUCUUUGAAAUGGCUUUCUGAAUGGGUGAAAUUGGAUUAUGUCGAACCGGGAAUUGCACGUUGUGCUGAACCAGAACGAAUGAAAGACAAACUUAUCCUCUCAACACCAGCGAACCAGUUCAUCUGUAAAGAGAAAGUCAGUAAUGAAAUCUUGUCAAAAUGUGAUGCUUGUUACACAUUCCCAUGCAAGAACAACGCGGAAUGUUUGGUGAAGACAGAACGACAGUACGAAUGUCGAUGUGCUCCAGGAUAUCAUGGUCAACAUUGUGAACAUAUGAUUGACGCUUGUUACGGAAAUCCGUGUCGGAAUAACGGAAAGUGCACCGUGUUGGAAGAAGGUCGUUUCAGUUGUGACUGCUUAUCUGGUUAUCAAGGUGCACGUUGUGAAGUGAAUAUCGAUGAUUGUGAUGACCACAAAUGUCAGAACAAUGGAACUUGUGUCGAUGGAAUUGAAUCGUACACUUGCAGUUGCUUGCCAGGCUUCACUGGCGGAUUUUGUGAAAAGAAAAUUCAAUUUUGUGCCACAGAAUUCAAUCCAUGUUCGAAUGGUGCCAAAUGCGUUGAUCAUUUCUCGCAUUACACUUGUGAAUGCACUCCAGGUUUCCGUGGUGUGAACUGCACAGAAAAUAUUGACGAUUGUCAAAAUCAUAUGUGUCAGAAUGGCGGAAGCUGCGUUGAUGGCAUCAACGAUUACAUGUGCAAAUGUCCGAGUGAUUUCACUGGAAAAUUCUGUGAAGGAACGCCAAUGGUCGCAAUGAUGUAUCCACAAACUUCACCCUGUCAGAAUCAUGAAUGUAAGUUUGGUGUCUGCUUCCAACCCAAUCCAUCGUCAUCAGACUACAUUUGCAAGUGCGCUCCAGGAUAUACCGGAAAACGCUGCGAAUAUUUAACAUCAUUGACUUUCAUUCACAACAACAGUUUCGUUGAAAUGGAACCGUUGAGGACGAAACCGGAAGCCAAUGUCACCAUAAUUUUCAGUACAACACAACAAAAUGGAGUUUUAAUGUACGAUGGCAACAGCAACAACGAACACUUUGCUGUCGAACUUUUUAAUGGUCGCAUACGCGUCAGCUACGAUGUUGGAAAUAAUCCAACUUCAACAAUGUACAGCUUUGAGAUGGUAGCGGAUGGAAAAUACCAUAUGGUGGAGCUUUUGGCGAUUAAAAAGAACUUUACAUUGAGAGUCGAUCGCGGACUUGCACGUUCAAUAAUCAACGAAGGUUCGAAGGAAUAUCUCAAGUUGACAUCGCCAAUGUUUUUGGGUGGCUUGCCAAUUGAGCCAGCACAACAAGCAUACAAUAAAUGGCAUCUCAGAGACUUGACAAGCUUCAAAGGAUGUAUGAAAGAAGUUUGGAUUAAUCACAAACAAGUUGACUUUGUUAAUGCUGCAAGACAACAGAAAGUGACACCAGGAUGUGCAUUGUUAGACGCUGAAAAUGAUGGAGAAAUGGAAGAUCAAUUUGUUCUCGAACCACCUGAAGAAACUAAGGAAGAGCCAAUAAAUCCUUGUGACAACCACCAAUGCAAGCGUGGAGGAAAAUGUGUUCCGAACAAUAAAGGCGGCUACACAUGCAAAUGUAAGGCAGGUUCGAAGGGUCGGUUCUGCGAACAAGGUGAGACAAGCUUAAUGUCCCAAAUCAUGGUGGAGGAUAUCGAUGAUCUUUCCAAUGAGCGAGCCACUAACGCUCACACAUGCCGCAAACAACAAGUGAAGGAAUAUUACACUGAAAACAAUUGUCGAUCACGACAGCCAGUUAAAUAUGCGAAAUGCGUGGGCGGCUGUGGUAAUCAAUGUUGCGCACCGAAAAUCACAAGAGUACGUAAAGUACGGAUGGAGUGCAAGAAUAAAACAAAAUAUAUUAAGAAUUUAGACAUAGUACGUAAAUGCCAUUGUACAAAGAAAUGCUACUGACUGCUAGACGCGACUACCCAACAAAAUAUAAUUAUUAAUAAUAUAAUUUCUAGUAAUAGUAAUGAAACUAAUGAACAAACUAUAUUAAACGGUAAUAAUAAUGAUAAUAAUAAUAAUAAUAUGGAUGAUUUAUAUAUGAUGAUGAUGGGUGAUGAUCCAUUAGUUUAUCAUUCACCAUCCCCAGUUAAUCCCAUUCAAGAACAUGCAGAACAAUACGAUGGGAAAAGAACUGGUGGAGAUGUUAUAACGACGAACUCUACUAAUCAAAUGUUAGAUGUAGUUAGUGAUAGAAGACAAAGAAAAGGUAAUAGAAGACAAAAUAAUAGUCAAAGAAAUAGAAAUCGACAUCGAAAUAACAACAACAAUAAUAAUAAUCAGAACGACGGUACGUCGUUUGACGACAACAAUCCCAUUAAUGUUAUCUCAGCAUUUAAUCGAACGAGUAAAAUCUACAACAAAUUGCGUAAGAAUGAUGCUGUGAAAGUCAUUGAUACUCCAAGUGGACGAGCUGGAUUUGUGUAUCAAAGUAGCAGUAGCAGUAAUGCUAAUAACAACAAUCAAGAUUUUCCCAUGAGUCCAUCAAUCAAAGAGAGUAACGCAAAUUGGGAAGAUUCGUAUUCACAAAAUCAAUUUGUCAAUCGCAAUGCGAACGACGUUAAGUUGGUUUCCGAUGAUACCAGUAAUAAGAAGAUUAUGCCGGUAUUGACAUCGGAUGGUAAGAUUGCUUUAGUUGUUCGUGGUGACACGAGUCGCUAUUUCGACGACCCUCAAAAUAAUGGAAGUGGAAAUAGCGUCAGUUCAAAGAAAUACGAACCAAUUACGAAUCUCACGUCGAUUAUUACGGCACUUAACAGUAACAAUGACAAUAAUAUUAAUAAUAAUCGUAAUAACAAUAAUAAACAGAACGACAGUAUUAAUUUAGGUGACGCUUUAGAUCCGGUCAAGACGGUGCAAGAACAAAAUCGUCUCAUAAAUCGUCUCGAUGAAUUCUUUGCUUCGGUUACCAAUAAAGUGAAAAAUAUGGAAGAAAAGAUUGAACACGAGUUGGGAAUCGAAGAUGAAGAAGAAAUCGAUGAAGAUGACGAAGAAAUUUCAAUUACAACACCGACAACCACAACAACAGAAGCGCCUUAUGAUGAAGAAGAUCACAAGAAGAAUUUGUUGCAAAUUAAUCGUCCAUUGUCAGAAGUUCUUGGACUGCCGAAGAAGACGCAUUAUCAUCAUCCUCAAGAUCCACUGCAUACAUCAUCUGAGAUGCCAUUCACGAGACCUUCGUCAACAACUGAGGUCAGAAGAAUCAACACUCCACAUAAAGUGACACCACAUGUUGAAGGUGUUCUCACGACAACUGACAUAAAUCAGAGUGACGAAAUCGAUCAUGAAAGUCCCGAAGUCAUCAACAUUGCAGUGAUUCCAGGUUUUGACUCAGAAAUGGAAGAGCGACUCUUUGGAAGAUCGAAAGAUUCCAAUCGUAAUCUCAGUGAAACUUCAGGAACGAGUGGAGCAAUUUCAUCGAUUCAUUGUGCUAUGCAAGCGAUGGUUGCCGUUGCUUGUGCUUGCACAGUGUUCGGGGUGUUGGGUGCAUAUUAUAAAAUCGAGAUUGUAAACCAGGUUCGCGUCUUCUACUGGUGACUAGUCGUGCUGUUUCAUAAUCAAAGUCCCACGGCUCUCUAACCUUCAUUGUUGAAAUUGAUUAUUGUCUUAAUUAAUGCUGCUGCUGUACAUUAAAAUCAUUAUCAUGUGAAGCUUUCAUACUCUGCUUAAAACUCAUAGUUAGGGAAUUUUAAAAAUUCUAAUCACUGAUAAAGCUCAAGAACUUCCACUCUAAAAUCGAGCCUAAAAGUUUAUUGGGAUUGUUGAAAAAUAAAAAUAAAUAAAUUGUUGUUAGUCUUCUAUUACCUUUUCUUAUCUUAUGUGACAGAUAAGAAGAUUUCUCUAAAUAUCCAAAUGUCUUAUUAGAGAAGAAAAAAAAACGAAAAACUUAUGUUGAAGAACAUCACGAAAGAAAAAUCAUCCAAAAAAGAAACAAAAUAAAUCCGUUUAAUUAUACAACAUCAAAGCAUUUCUUUUUACAAGUUCAUUAAGUAAAAGAGAAAUGUAUGCAAAAUGAACAAAAUAGUUUUAGGGUAGUCGCGCGCAUUCAGUUUUAUAGAAAUCUUUAUGAUUUUUUUAUAUCUCUGUAUUAUUUUUAGUUUUUCAUUUAUUUGUUUGAUCUUUUUAAUCAAUUUUUUUUUGUAAAUUUCCUUAAAUACGACGAUUGGAUUAUGAAUCCAACAUGAAGAAGUUUUAAUUUCGCAAUACUUACACAGAAGGAAAUCUUUUUGAGAUUUUGUCGAUAAACAAACUUCAUGAUUUUGUACAUUUUAUGAUUUUAUUUGCAUUUAACAAAAACAAGAUGUUUUGAAAGAGAGAUUGGAUUUUAAUUAGGUAUUUUUUUUAUUCUUAUUAUUAGUUUGUAAUUAAUUGAACAAUAGACAAUAGAGCACCAUGUGAGAAAGUUCCGUGUGAAUAUCCACAAAAAAGAAAAAAAUUUCAUCCCUCAAAGCUUUUCCGUUUUUCACGAAUAAAUUUUUCGUUUUUUUUUAAUUAAAUUAAUCAAUUACUUAUCGUAUUUCCCCGGAAAGCAAUUAAUAAUCACAGUGCAUGGAUAAUUCAAAACAUAAACAUAUAUUUAUCAUUAUUUGUCGUAUACUUCUGUAUUUAUUAAAUUAUUAAAUGGUAAAACGUCUAAAUAUGAUUUUAGAUUUAUGUAUUAAAAUCUAUAUAAAUAUAUUCGAGAGAAAAUUAAAAAUAAAUAAAAAAAAAUUGUUUUAUAUGGAAAAUGAAAAAUCAUAGCUGUAAUUAAAAGAAAAUUUAUGUAAAGAAAGGAAAAAAAGUAUUUUUGUUGCAAUCAUUUAUGUUUCUUUUAUCCUCCCACACCCAUUA